AUGGAUUACUGUGUAGAUUGGGCACCUUCAGCUGUAUCCGUUAUCUAUAACAAGAUGACCUGGAGAAGAGAAGAAAUAAAUAAUAUGGUCAGACAUGACCCUGCUGUAAACCUAUUGUGUACCUUCAGCAUAAAAACUGAUGAAAACUUGUUUUAUGAUGUAUCUUGGUUCAUAAAUGGAACAAACGUACUUAAUCAGACCGUUGAUGUGUCUAGUAAUUACACAGCAGUGCUAUCGGCUUAUGAUAUUCUGGAAUUUAACAAGAAAAUUGGAUUAGAUGUACACUGUAAAGUUGGAGCAAAACGAAAGAAGGAAAACCUCCCUUGUCGCACCAAAGUUGGAAAUCCAUUCUUCGCCGGAAUACGUGUAAUAAAUCCUAACAUAGAAUUGGAAAGAAAAGGGUCAGAAAACAUUGCACUUGAAAUGACAAUACCGUUUGCUUCUGAAUCGCUUUUUAUAAAUGGUGUUCUACAACCCGUUAGUGACCUUAACAUCCACUUGGCUUUCGAAACAGGUGGCGCCUCUACAACCGGCGGUGGCGGUUCUUCUAACCACUGCGAAGUCAAAGUUAAAAGCUUUGGUUAUCAUGAGAAGCACAAAUAUGAAAACGGCGAAUGGAGGCAAAAAAUCUUUUUUCCUGUUUAUAGCAAAGACACAGAUGGUUACGUCAUUAGUACUCACAUGACCCUGCAUUUGAAGACUGGCGGUACGAAUGGGAUUGGCAGUAAAAUAUUUGAACAUGUUUCUUUGCAAGAUAUUUUGAUACGUGUAUGGGAUACUAACCAGCAAUGGAAAGGACGAUCAUGUGGCGUACAUGCAGACCCACACAUGUAUACAUUUGAUGGAGUCCCAUACGAAUGUCAGACGUCAGGAGAGCUUAUAAACUAUAGGAAUCAAGCUUAUUUACAAUGGAUUCAGUCAAAACAUCACCUUUGUUUCCCUUCAUACAACGGUCCUUGGUGCGUCUGCGCAGUUGCAGCAAGAGCAGGAAGAGAUGUUUUUCUAAUGGAUCUCUGUGGAGAUAAUGGCGUCAUCAAUUUUGAACUGUGUGAGGACAAUAGUUUAAAAGUGACAAAAAUUCAUGACAAACACUAUAAGGUGCAUUUUCCAACCGGUACAUCCCUCUCUAUUUACAUAAUGGAAUGGAAUGGGUAUUUUAACAUAAAUUUGGACAUCGUUCCUUCCACGUUAGAUGUAAGGAAGGCUGAUGGUUUAUGUGGAUACUUUGACGGUGUAAAAGAAAAUGACUUUAAAAGAAGGGACAGCAACAUCAGAGAUAGUAUUAACUUGAUGUUUCCAAACAAUUUCUCUGACUCUUGGAGAAUACCGAUCAAUGAGAAUCUCUUGAGUGGCGACAGUUCCAUUUACAGCAAAUUAGAAUCCUUAUCUACCAUUCAAGUCCCCCAUUGCACGUGUACCGAAAGUGGUAAAACAGAAUGCUCCUAUAGCACAUUCACGCCCUCUUAUUCAAACCAAGGGAAACAAUACACCUGUAACAUUCAUCUGAUGAAAACCAGAAGGCGUAAGCGUGACAUAUCUUGGGAAAAUACAUUUCAGGAGCCUUUAGUGGUAAUUAAGAGAAGCAAACGUGCAGUUACGUAUGUGCAAACAGAGGAUUAUGCUCAGGCUGUCUGUUUAAAGGCUUUUAAUGAUUCUACGGAAUACAGGACUUGCCAGCAGUAUGUCACCGACCUUAGUAAUGUUACUUUGUCCAACUGUAUUCAGGACCUUAAGAUGACAGGUGAUGACAACCUGACACAAAUUCAUGUAGAAGCUGCUUUAGAGCAAUGCACAACGUUCGUUUUGUUAAAUGCCACACUUCAGGAAACAGAACCUAAUGUCACUUACACAAUACAAAAUCUCUGUCCUAGUAAUUGUAGCAGUCAUGGAACAUGCAGCGGAGGAAACUGUUCUUGUGACAGCGGACAUGGAGGAAGUGACUGUUCCUUUGAUUUACUCGGACCUCCCACAUUAACAAGUGUUCCCAGUGCUGGUCUCUGUGAUCUUUCUAGUAGAGACUGUAGCGAGGCUACUAUGUUCGGAAAGUACUUUGUGGAAAAUAUGGGCUCACUGUGUUACGUUAAUGUGAAACAAGUAAACGUAAACCAAACAACAGUCACAGAAGAACACAAACAGGUACAGCUACAGGAGAGGACUUUGUUUGAGGGUUUCUGUCCUCAUUCUGUUAACAGCUCUGGCUUGUGGAUAACUGAAAUAACGUUCAACAUCUCCAAUGAUGGUCUGCGCUUCACUGAUACAUAUGAAAUUUAUAUCUACCAAUCUGAAUGUCAGGAGUAUCAUAAUGAAUCCGGAAAUGUGUUUUUCACUUUAAAGGAGAAUUUUUGCUACAUCGAAGGUAUGUGUGUGCCCUUCAUGGAAGAAAGCAGUGUAAACGAAUGUUUGAUGUGUAAUACCACCGUUAGUCGGUACAAUUGGACGGUAUAUGAAUACUGUAAGCAAGGAACGAUAACCGCCGACAAUAAAUCCUCCCUGUCUUCAGUCCAGCUUAUGACUAUUAUUGUUGUCUUGUGUUCUCUCUGUGGAUUUGCAGUAUCCUUUAUCACUGCUAUAGUGAUUUUUAAAACAUGCAAGAAAUUGAAAAACAGGAACCAGAUCUUCGACACGAAAAAGUUGGACAACUGAUAGGAUAUCCAGAGUUGACUUUCUGUGUUGCAUAAUAUUUAUCCCAAACAACUUAAAUCUUUCGUUUUAUGUUUUGAAUCCCUGACAUGCCUUACGAAACGAGAUCAAUUUAAAAGGAAAAGUAAAAUAAAUAUU